AUAUCAAUUAAAUUCCCAAUGAUUGUUUAAAUGAUUUUGGUAUAACAUAAAUCACCAUCUCUUUUAGAAUUAAAGAUGGACAAUGUUAACAAAAAUCAGUGUGAUUUAUCUCCAAACUUUACAAAGUUACAAUUAAUGACUUUCCCAAUAGAAAUGUGUUAGUGUUUUAUAGAAUGAUCUGUGUUUUAUAGUUGCAAGUGUGAAAAUGGAAACCAGUUUAUCUGAAGAAGUAAAACAGGACCUCCUGGAGUGCAAGAUAUGUCUAGAAGUGAUGACAACACCCAAGGUGCUGAACUGUCUCCAUACAUUCUGUGAAGGAUGUAUUGAAGGCUUGCAAAGAAAGAUGUCUAAGGAAAACAACAUAAGUUGUCCCGUCUGUCGCAAUGUUACUACACUUCCAUCUGGUGGUGUUAAAUCUCUCCGGGCCAAUUUUCUGAUAAAUACACUACAGGAUGCGCUGGGGAAAUCUGCCAAGGUGAUCAAAUGUGAGUACUGUGAUGAGAAAUGCAGUUACACAUGCCUAGAUUGUAGCGAUAAGAUGUGCUUCACUCACAGCUCCUCCCAUUGUAAUACCAAGUUCACCAGGGGACACAAAGUUGUCAGCAUGGAUGACGUCGUUGCUGGGAAGUACGCUAAAGAAAUCCUGGCUUCACAAGUUAUCGAUUGUGAAAUACACCAGGGAAAAUGUAUGGAGUUCUAUUGCCUACAAUGCGAGAAGAUGCUCUGUGUCUCGUGCAAGAUCUUGGAUCACGAAGGGCAUCAAUGUACGUCAUUGGAGAAGGCAGGGAAAACCAAGAUGGCCUCAUUGCAAACCAGCAUCUCUGAAAUGAGCGAUAUAAGCCAAGUUCUCUGUCAAUUUAAGUCAGAAAUUGACAAUGCCCAAACACGUCUUGUCAAGGAAAGAGGUAACAUUUCAACAAAAAUUGAUGGCAUUGCUGAUAAGAUGUGUGCAGAAAUACGAACCCAACAAAUAAAGCUGAAAAAUGAGCUAGAAGGCCACUUCAACACUCAGACAAAGUCAUAUGAGUUAGAGAAGGAAGAAGUUGAAAUGGAUAUUGCGAGCAUUAGGAGUGGGAUUGAGUUCGGGAACACCAUUUUGAAGCAUGGCCGCCAUAUCGAUGCUUUGUCUUACGCUCAGCAAAUGGAACAAAAUGUUAAAGGCAUUGUGACUAACCUAAGGAAAGGAAAACAUCCGACACAGCAGUACAUGGUUUAUGAUAUGAGGCAUCAUCAACAGAUAGCAACUAAUCAAAAGAUAGCUGUUUCGAAAGAAUCAGGCAUAACAUUAAACUUUCAGGAAAAUUAUCAAAUAACAAAUCCUAUACUUGGCAGCAGACAAGAUCAACGUCAACACUAUUAUGGGUUUGGCGGGUCAGCAGAUCAACUUCCAUUUGGAAACAUACAGAAGGAAGCAACAGUUGUCCAAAUAAACAUCUAAAUGUAAUCC